AAAGUAGUACACAUGCUCGCCCCAAGCAGUCGGAUAUUAAUCACUCAGUAUGGAUCAAGUCGGGUAAUACCCGACAGAGCGAAAUCAAAUUAGCAUAACUACCUAAAACGUAAAAAAGUUUAUUAUGGCGUAAUUGUAAACAAAUUUCAUCCAACUUGAGCAAUUCCAUGAAAGAGUGAUGUGGUCAAUUCCAUGAAAGAGUCAGCAGCUAAGGAUCUUCUGAAUGUGAGUGGUGACGAUUAUAAGUACAAGAAGCUUCUGCAGGAUCUCAUAGUUCAGAGCUUGCUUAGACUGAAGGAACCUGCUGUCUUGCUGCGAUGCCGUGAGGCGGACGUCAAUCUGGUAGAAUCUGUCUUGGAAUCCGCCAAAGAGGAAUAUGCUGAAAAGGCACAGGUUCAUGCACCAGAAAUUCUGUUGGACCAUCAAAUCUAUCUGCCACCUGCUCCUAGCCACCACAAUGUUCAUGCUCUUUCUUGCUCUGGAGGUGUGGUCCUGGCGUCCCGAGAUGGAAAGAUCGUGUUUGAGAAUACCCUCGAUGCACGUCUGGAUGUUGUGUUCCGUCAGAAGCUCCCCGUGGUAUGAACACUGUUAUUCUCUCUAUUUUUACAUUCUUCCAACAGAGAGUUGACACUAUUAUGUUUGGUAGAAGAAAUGAAUCAGGAUUGGCUGAGUUCAUUUUCCUUUCCGAUUAGGAUUUGAUCGAGUUCUAGAAAAAGUAGAAUUGAUGGCUAUGAAAUGUUUACAGCAAUGCAAGGUAACUAAUAGGAUGGGUGUGUGUUUAAAAACGAUAUAAUAAAAAUCAGGUAACUAUUACAGGCAAGUAGAUUCUUGUUGCAAAGGAACAAAGUUGGAAACGAGAUUUAAUUUAUUGAUGUGACUUUGGGAUUUGAGUAAGCUAUGAGGAAUAGGACGAAUUGUUGCUAAAUUUGGAAUGUAAAAUGUGUAUUUGUUUCAUUGAUUAAAUCAAACCUUUUCCCAUUCACUUCUUUUCUAGAGCAGGAACAAGCACUCCAUGCUUUAACUUCCUCCCCAUAGAGCGUUUUCGUAUAACGUCUUACCCUGCCUCUGCCUUCCUUCCAUUAUCGCUUGAUAAUAGAACUCUUGCUUCCCAGCUAUUGGGAUUCCUGAAAGUUGAAUCUUAGGAUGAACGUUCCUGUUCACCUCCGUUCCUGAAAUAGAUUCGCAUGUCGACGACUGUUGAAAACUGUUUGGUGUGGAUUAAUGUGGAUUACCUUUCAAACCUGAACUGAAUUCUUUGCUUGUUCUUGUUGUGUGUUGCAGAUCCGCAAGUUACUCUUCAGCCAGGUUGCUGCUUGAUGUCCGUGAUUGUAUAAUUGUUUUCACGUAUUAUGAAUUGCCAACUCUUAUGUCCAGAAACUCGAUGGUUUUGUAGAACAUAUCACCGAUUGUUUGGGGUUGUGUAUUUUUUUCGUGUUUGCCAAAUAACUUGCUAUUCGUAGAGAAUUCUGUUGUUUUCGUUAGUGUAUGCAAUAAUAAACAGAACGAAAAAAAUGUUUGUGGAAUUCAAGUGGUGACUUUUGUGAUUGAUCA